AUGGAACUAUCAGCAAGAAGAAAACAAAACAACGUGCCAUAUCCAUCAAUGGCUGCAGAUAACCACACCGGCAUCAGUGACAACAACCACAACAGCCACAACGGCAACCACAACAACAAUAUUAGUAUGACAGAAAAUUCAUGCCUCGUUCAUCCUCAGCAUGCAUAUUGCAGCGCUCUUGACAGAACGUGCCACGUCAAGGUUAGCAACGAAUGCAACAAGGCAUCCCUGCUGCAAAACAAAUCUCAACCGCUAUGCAACAAGAUAGAUCUUAAAGAAGAAACUUAUUGGCUGUCUAAAUGCGACCACAGCGAUUGUUCAUUAUACUGUGAUUGCCUCAUUGAAGACAUCCCUAAAACAUCUUCAAGCAGCUGCUGGCCAUCAAUAAUUGCAGAUUCGAAUUUCUACAACAGCCCAAACAACAGCAACGAUAACGAAAGAGUUCUUAGCAAUCCAACAUCCACAUUCAAAUCGAUAAAUAACCAAAAGACAGAUUCGAGUACACAUUCAAAAAGCCCACACCAGAAAUACUUGAGUUGUCAGCAACAAAUGCUGCAGCAGUUUUAUAAUGUUCGCCAGAUGACACAAACAUCAAACUUGUUGAACGAACCUUGUCUGUUUCACGUCAACCCAGCAAGCUGCAGUGCAGCUGAAACGUCCCACCGAUCACCUUCAACCCUCCUUCCUAGCGACGCACAUCUUAUAAACAGGGCCACCCCAAAUGUUCCAACAACAAAUCAAAAUGCUGCAACAUCGACAUUCCUUCCCACCAAGAACCUUCGCACUACAAAUAGUAACAACAAAUUUCAAAUUGUUUCAAAAUAA